AUGUCAAUAAGGAGAUCAGAGAGGGAAAGACACCCUCCAGACAGAUAUACUCCAGCAAUUGGGAAUAACAACGACAAAACUGUUAAUCCAAAGCCAAGUAAUGACCAACCAUCAGUAUCUGCCAAAUCUAGUACUUCUUCUAGUAGACGACGAUUAAUGGAAGUGGAGUUGAAGAAGCUGGAAGAAAUACAGAAAUUGGAAAGAGCCCAUGAGGAAAGAGAAAUGGAGCGACAACGACAAGUUGAAGAAAUGGAGCGACAACGACAACGACAAGUUGAAGAAAUGGAGCGACAACGACGAAUGGAAGCUAGAGAACUAGAACGACAGAAGCAACUGCUGACAGCGAGAGCUGAGCUUGAGUCUGCUUCAGUGUGUGGCAGUCAACAGUCAAGCCGCCCUAGUAAUCGAUCUGAAACCAAGGUAGGACUUAGCAUAAAUCUUGAUGAUGAGGAAGAACCGCAAAGCAAGGUUGAAAGGUGGUUGAAUGAAAAAGAACCGACAGUUCUUAAGUCCUCAUCAGCCAUCAUGACCUCAGCCGUGCAAAAGCUUGCGGAUACCUUCCAAAAAGCUAUACAGCCUGUUUCAUUUCGUCAAAAACUUCCAAGCUUCAGUGGCAAGCCUGAUGAAUGGCCGAUAUUUUUUUCGGCGUAUGAAAAAACUGCCUAUCUUUUUAGUGAGGAUGACAACCUCAUAAGAGUAAGGAAUUGCCUAGAGGGAGAAGCAUUUAGAAUGGUUAAGCCUCUUUUUGUCUCAAGUCAAAAUCUUAAGUCAAUUAUCAAGACCUUACAGAUGCGUUUUGGUAGACCAGAACUCAUUUUGGAGUCAAUGUUAAAAAAGACUCGUAGGCUACCUUCUGUCAAGGAAGACGACACUACAAGUCUUGUUGAGUUUUCGACAAAUAUUUUGAAUUUUACUGCUACAGCAGAGUCAUUACAUCUAGAAAAUUAUGUAUUAAAUCCUUACUUACUAAAUGAAUGUCUCAACAAACUUCCCUAUAGUUUAAAAUACAGGUGGGCUGAACAUGUAAGUAAUAAUGCUCUAAGCAGUCCCGACUUGAAGGAGUUUUCCACUUGGUUGGAAAAACAAUGCUCAAUCCUGAGUAUUUACUUUCGUCCUACAGAAGAGAAACUCUGGCAGAAGAAAACUGACAUAAAGCCGGUUUAUACCAGUUCUACCGAAGACAAACAGUUUAACUGUAUGUUUUGUCUCGACAGCCACGAAAGUGAACGAUGUGGAGUUUUCAGGAAGGCAGAUGUAUCACAGAGAUGGAAAAUGAUUGUCGAAAAGAAACUAUGUUUCUUCUGCUUUCGACGUCACCAGCUCCAAAAAUGUAAAGUAAAAAAGGUUUGUGGGAUAAAUGGGUGCAGGUUGUUUCACCAUCGUCUCCUCCAUACUGACAAAAUUGAGAGGUUUCCCAAACAGGACAGCGAACCGCAAAAUAAAGAAAUUAUUAGCAGUCAUGUUGUUAAUAACCGUGUUCUACUAAGAGUAUGUCCAGUGACAUUAUAUGGCCCAAGUUGUCAGAUCGACACUUACGCACUCUUAGAUGACGGGUCAACAGUAUCUUUGUUGGAUUCAGCUACAGCCGAUAAAUUAGGCAUCAACGGUAGUAUUGAACCCCUCACGACAUGCUGGUCCAAUGCAACCCAACAUUUCGACCCAACAUCCAUGACUGUGAAAGUUAAAAUUAAAGGGUUAUAUGAGGACGAAGUAUUUACAUUAAACAAUGUACGAACCCAGUCACCAUUGGACUUACCAAAACAAAUGGUGGAUACUGGUAAACUGAAAAAGAAAUGGUCUCACUUACGGUCAAUUGUUCAACCUUUACCGUCAGCAAAUUUGAAACCUACAAUACUUAUAGGUCAAGACAACUGUGACCUUAUUCUAGCAAGGAAAAUAAUUGAAGGUCCUCCCAACUCUCCAGUCUUGUCUUGGAGCCGUUUAGGCUGGACAUUGCACGGUAAAUGUCAUGAACACAUUUGGCGAGUAGAUAGUCAAUUCACUUUAACGUCUUUUGAAAGUGAAAAACUUCAUGAUAUUAUCAAAGAUUCUUUUGAAAUCAAGAAUUAUGGCGUGUCCCUAGUAGAAGAUGACAAUGUGAAAUCAGUUGAAGACGAAAAAGCCCUCAAGAUUUUAGAAGAUACGACCAAAAAAGUAGGGGAUAGGUAUGAAUCCGGCCUACUAUGGAAGUCAGAAGACUUUAAAUAUCCACCGAGCUAUGAAAAUGCGCUGAAAAGGCUUAAGGGUAUUGAAAGGAAGAUGGCAAGAGACGAAAACUUUCAUAACAAAUACAAAGCCAAGAUCACUGAUUAUAAAGAAAAAGGUUACAUCAGAAAACUACGUGAUGACGAAGCUAAUGUUAUAAAUGACCGGACUUAUUAUCUGCCUCAUUUUGGGGUAAUAAAUCCAAACAAACCUGACAAACUGAGGUUAGUAUUUGACGCAGCUGCUAAAGUGAAUGGUGUGUCAUUCAAUGAUGGUUUGCUUAGUGGUCCUGACCUUUUGAACCCUCUGCCAGCAGUACUUCUCAAAUUCAGAUUAAGAAAAUUUGCGAUCGCAGGUGACAUACAAGAAAUGUUUCAUCAAGUACGUAUCAGAAAAGAAGAUGUCGAUUCGCAAAGGUUUCUAUGGAGAGAAGAUCCGAACAACAAACCAGAUACCUAUAUCAUGGAAGCAAUGAUAUUUGGAUCAACGUGUUCCCCGAGUACUGCCUUGUAUGUAGUAAACAGCAACGCCAAGAGGUUUCUACAAAUUUACCCAGAAGCAAGUAAAGCGAUUUUCUGCAGUGAAUACAUGGACGAUCUACUAGACUCUACUGAUACAGAAGAAGAAGCUAGAAUUAGAAUACAAUAG